CAAGGCAAGGAGUCGAAAGUCAUUAUAAAUGACUGGGUGAUCACUUCCGCAAAUGCUUUUUCGGACAUGGGAUUUACCAUCGACAGCAACCGUGAAAACGUUGGUAUGAGCAGAAUGACAGAAGUCAUGCUCAAUAUCCUUCCUGCGCGCGUGGGAUCCGACGCAAAGAGCAUGCCUCACGAUCCGCAGACUGAUCACUUGGGUGAUAGGGUGAACUCGGAAGUUCCAUAUCCAUGCCCAUUUGUUCAGUGGUACUCGAGUCCGACAGAAGAGGGAAUCUUCAAAGCAUUCAGCUUUGCAGGAAAAGAAAACUGCGUGCGUUCAGGGAGCUGGAUUUACUAA